AUGCAAGUCUUAGUCCGAAACAAUUCCUCCGCUCGUUUAUUGAGAUCUCUUCAACGAUUGAUCUUUAACCGUGGCUUGGCCACCGUCACUGAUCAUACUGUUUCUGAGUUUGCGCCUCCAACCGUUCCAUAUGCCCAAGUAUAUUCAAAGCCAUUACCCGCUACAUUAAAACUUAAAACUGGGCAGAUAUUUCAAGGAACUUCUUUUGGUGCUCCUACCUCAGUGUCUGGUGAAGCGGUCUUUACUACCUCCGUGGUCGGUUAUCCCGAGUCAAUGACAGACCCCUCUUAUCGGGGUCAGAUUCUCACCUUCACACAACCUCUAAUUGGGAACUAUGGCGUUCCUGGGCUUUUUAAAGAUAAAUUUGGUUUAAUGGAAUAUUUCGAAUCGGAUCGUAUCCAAGUCGAAGGCAUCAUUGUCAAUGAUUAUGCGACAAAAUAUUCUCAUUGGACUGCUGUCGAAUCUCUUGGUGAAUGGUGUGCUCGCCAUGGUGUGCCUGCAAUUUCUGGAGUUGAUACGCGGGCAAUAGUGCAUAUAUUGCGAGACCAAGGUUCUACUCUUGCCAGAUUAGAUGUCGGUGAGGAAGCCCAUAACCUCGACACCACCAAUGUAAAAUAUGAAGACCCAAACACGAGGAACCUUGUGGCUGAAGUCUCCACCAAAGUUCCCGUUUCUUAUAAUCCAUUUGGAGACAUUAAGAUAGCAGUCAUUGACUGCGGUGUCAAACAAAAUAUAUUGCGCUCGCUUGUGGGGCGUGGCGCAAGCGUGACAGUUCUUCCAUGGGACUUUGAUUUCACCAAAGUAGCUGAUCAAUUUGAUGGCCUUUUCAUUUCCAAUGGACCAGGCAAUCCAAAGAAUGCCAUCCGUUCCGUAAAUAUUUUACGAAAAACGCUCGAAAUUUAUCAAAAACCGAUCUUCGGAAUUUGUAUGGGCAACUUAUUACUUGGAAUGGCAGCCGGGAUGGAUGUGUACAAACUCCGUUUCGGCAAUCGAGGUCAUAACGUUCCGGCAAUUAAUAUGACCAACGGCAUGUGCGCCAUUACAUCACAAAAUCAUGGUUUCGCCUUGAAAGAUGAUAUUAUGCCCAUUGGUUGGAAGAAAUAUUUCGUUAACGCAAAUGACGGAUCGAACGAAGGGAUUCAACAUAUUCACAGACCCGUUCGAUCUGUUCAAUUUCAUCCCGAAGCAAAAGGAGGACCUCAAGAUACAGAGUAUCUUUUUGAGGAGUUCCUCGCCCAAGUGCGCGACGCGAAACUAAAACAAACAGGAACAAAGAUCUACUUGCCAGAAACUCUGCCAAAACAAGAAGCCACUAUCUUCGCCUAA